ACCCCUCCCCACUUCCGCCCGCCCGUUGGUUGACACCCACAUCCACAAUUCAAUGAAACAUAACCCAACUACCAGUGCGAGUACCAAACUAAAUACUCGUUUAAACUGUAUCUAAACCUAGUACACUCCCUCGCAUCGAGAAAUGUCGUGGAGAUUCUACAGAGCUUCCAUUUAAGAGUUUGGACACCACUGCAAAUUUCCUACUUGAGAAAGUUCGUUUUAUGAUAACUGUAUAGUCAUGGACGGCAUUGGCGGUGACUUACAAACCAAGUAUCAAAAGGUUGCAUCUGAAUAUUCAAAGGUGCGUGCUCAAGUUGCUGUUCUAAAGAAGGCAGUUUUAGAUGAACAAACGAAAAAUUCAGACCUCCGGGAUAUGUUGAAAGAGAGAGAGCAGAGCUUACGGAAAGCUGAGCAAGAAAUGGAUAGCCUCUCAUUCCGAAAUCAGCAACUUACUAAGCGAGUGACUGUGCUCCAAGAUGAAUUGGAUUCUAUGAGCAAGGCCAAGAAGAGCAAAACCAAACAGCCAGCAACAAACAGUGCGUGCAGCAAUGAGGUGAUGGGAGAAGAACUACAUAAGUCUAUCACCGAGAAUGCAAAAUUACUUUCCUUGUUACAUGACAAGGAGGAAUCCCACAGUCAAGACAUAGAACAUCUGAAUCAAAGAAUUGAACAGCUAGAACAUGAAUUACGAACUCAACAAGAACAACAUAAGAGAGCAGUAUCUAAGCUUGAAAUGGAAAAGGCUUCUGCUCUAGGUGCUGCCAGUUUACCUGCGCCUGCUGGGACACCAUCCUAUUCCGUGAGCAAUCGACUGGAUCAGAGAGUGGAGGCCCUCCAGAAAUCAAACGUUGAAUUAACAGCUCAUGCAAGAGAGAUGAACUCUCAGAGGCUUCAACUUACAUCUCAAUUAGAGGAUGCAACAAGGAUCAUUCGGACUCACCUUCCAUUUGUCGAUUCAAGUGAUAGAGAUCUCAAUGAGCUCAAUGUCCCUCAUCAUGACCGAAGUCAACAGGCUCACGUGCUUCGUAUUGUCAAUCAGGCUGGCAGUUAUCUUGAGGAGUUGGCUGGUGCUCUUGAAAAGUAUCAUUCUCAUGUGCGAAAUCGACUAUUACUUGUUCAUUCAUCUCUCAGUCCUUUAAAUUCAAAGUUUUCAGAACACCUGCAAGACAGUGGUAGGCAACUGCACCACUUAAGGCAAGGGUAUUCCGACUUCCAGCAAGGCCUUGAAUGUGACAGCUGGACUCUUGAUACUGCACCCUCUCUGUCAGCAUUUAGUGGUCCUCUCCGCUCAUACAGUGCCUACCUUCAAAAGCUGCAGCCAUACUGUCAACUAAGUGUUGAGGAGGAAUGCAUUCUAUUUGGAGCAUCUGAGGAAAUUCUAACAGCAAGUCGAGAUGUUGUUUCAUGCUCUGCUUAUCUUUCUGUUCAAGUGUCAAAGAUCUGUGGCUAUGUGCACCUUUUAGCGGGUCAGAAUAGACGGCACUCUCAGCAUCCCGUACAGUCUCAGCAGCGUUUUAUGAAAGAACUAGUUCAAGCAUUAAAAGUUUUCCAUCAGGCUGUCCAAGAGCUGCUGUGCUCCUACACUGUAAAAUUUGCCCUGGAGAGGGAAAGUGGCAAUGCAAUGAUUUCAACUGCUCAAGAAGAUGCAGAUGGUAUUUUGAGUACUUUAGCUUCUGCUGUUAUUUCUUCUGGGAAGAUUGUGGAGGUUUUGGAUGGUUAUCAGAUGUCGCUUAGUGGGUCUUCACUGAAUGGCAAACAAGUGCAUCCAACUGUUACAGCUUUCCGCAAACGAGCAGCAAACUAUUUGUCAUCUCUGGAACAGGACGAGCCUCCAUCCAUUCCGUAUGAGGAUGCUCUGAAUGUUCAAGUUGAAGUCCGAAGUAAGACAGCAAGUUUGAAAGCACUAAUGUCACAGUUGCAAAACAUGCAAGAAUUAGCUGCACAGGUUGAACAGGACCGUGAGCAUUGGAAGGAGGAAUAUCAUUUGCUUCAUUUGCAUCACGAACCACAUGAGAGUAACAAGAAAAAUUUGGUCAGUACAUCCACAUCAGAAAACAAUGAUGGCGAGUCUGCAGUUUCUGUUGUGACAAAUUUGCUGGGAAAACACACUACUCCUUUCAUUACUCCCGCGGAAAUUGAAGCUAGGGAGGAACAGGUAAAAAAUUAUUUCCGCACACGGCUUUAUGAACAUGUUGCUCGUUGGCAAACUUCUGAAGCCAAAGCCACUACAUACAUGUCAGAGUGUGCUGUGCUCAAAACCCGACUUGAAGAUGCUGUGGAAAGUCGGAAAGCCUGUGAAGAGAGAGCAUCUAAACUGUCUGAAGAAUUGGCAUCCACCACACAAACCUUUGACUCACAGUUAGCAGUCAUGACAGAGCAUCUGGCCAAUAUGAAUGAAAAGCUUGCUCUUCAGAAGGACACAAUUGACCAUCUGAAAUUCCAAUCAAAGACAAAAAAGGGGAAGCAAAAAUAGAUAUAAUCAGGUAUGAAAGGUACCUGUGUGCUGCAUAUAUUUGAGUCAGGGGCAUGUCUGCCUCAUGCCUUUAUCAUUUUUGGGAAAUCAAUGGUUCUGAAUGGAAUACCUCAGAAUUUAUCCUUACUUAUCAGAAUACAUUUGAGAAUUCCCCUGUAAUUCAGUAAUGUGAUAUAGAUUGUGAGAUAGUAUAUUUUUAUUAUGUGUAUCAGUUUUGUUUAUGUCUUUAUUAUGAAAAAUAUUGUUUUUGUACAAUCAAUUUUGCUACUGUUGUGAUGGUAAGCUAUGUAAUCUGUUUAUUUAGUCAUUGUUAAUUAAAAGAACUGUCAUAUUUACAUUGGCAGAAAAUCACAUUA